CGAGAGCGUGAGGAGGUGUCUGAGCUUGCGUUAGGUUUUGCGAGCCAAGAGCACGAAUUGAUAGCUACGGAAUUGGUCGGCAUGGAGGUGGAGCAAAAGCAGGCCGAUUUAGUGCAGCAGUUUGUUUUGCUGGCCGCAAACGCGCGGGGCCGUGCUGCCGUCGAGCUCAUCACUCAUGCCACAUCGCACCCUCAGCUCUUCGCCUUCUCUGAGCUUCUUGCCUCGCCCCAUAUCGCCGAGUUAAAGGGAACGGAGCACUCUGCUUCUUUGGAUCUGCUUCGUCUAUUUGCACAUGGGACCUGGUCCGAUUACAAAAAUAAUGCACAGAUGUUGCCUACGCUUGAUCCACAACAGGAGCUGAAGUUAAAGCAGUUAACCGUGAUGACUCUGGCUGAAACUGCCAAGGUAUUGUCCUACGAUUUAUUGAUGCGACAAUUAGAUAUAUCCAAUGUUCGGGAGCUUGAAGACCUACUCAUAAACGAAUGCAUGUACUCUGGUAUAGUUAGAGGGAAGCUGGAUCAACGACGACGAUGUUUCGAGGUUCAAUUUGCCGCUGGAAGGGACUUGAGACCGGGCCAACUGGAUAAUAUGAUCGCAGUAUUGGCAAACUGGUUGAGCAGUUCUGAUAACUUGUUGCUCACAAUACAAGAAAAGAUCAAAUGGGCUGACAGCAUGAGCGAGCAAGAUCGUCGACACAAGAAGGAGGUUGAAGACAAGGCCGAGGAAAUGCGAAAAUCCAUAAAGGCUGAGAUGGAGUUACGAGGUCAGCAAGAUGUCGUCUAUUCAGAAGCCGGAGCUCUCAUGGAUUUUGUUGACGAAGAUCGAAGCCGUCCCAAAAGGCGUUAGCUGCGCUUAUACAUUCGCGUCGAUGUUUUAGGUACAAAGAGAUUCAGCAGUUGCUCGGAAUUUUGCGUAAAUCUGUUCUGGUGUCCUUGGUAGGGGACUCUGACUUGAGCCCUCUCAACAAUUUUUGUACAUUUAUGUCAUUAGAGACCUUAAGAGCUGCACAGCAUAUUUUACACGACAAAUCUUUUCCUGUGCUCUUGCAUGUGUUCAGAGUGUAAAAGUAAAGGUUACAGCACUGUAGUACUGGGGAAGUGAGUUGUCAGAUAUUGCGUAUUGAAAUACAGGUGAAUUAUAUAAAAGGUGUUCCUUCCUUGGGCAGCUGUGCCUUGUGGUUAAUGUGGUUGUUUUCAUGACCAGUUGCCUGAGCUGACUUGUACGCAUCCAGCUGAUCCUGUGCUGGGGUUUGGAAUGAUGCCUAGUUGCUUGCCGACAGCCUCUAGGAGAAACCCAUUCAAACA